UUCGGUAAGACCACGAGGCUCCUCAUUCCUCAACACCUCAACCCCUCCGCCUCUCUCUCUCUCUCUCUCUCUCUCUCGCGGUGGUGAGCCACACUCGGCUACCACCACCACAACCACCGUCGUGGUCCUCUCUCUCUCCUCCUCUUUCUCUCUCUAGAAUCACAGAGCAACCGCCGGAGCCACCGCAGCACUGCCCUCUCUCCAAACUUAGUUGUUCGCGUCGUUGGAUCCUGUCGUCGACAAUUUCUCGUGCACAGAGCGAGACGCAAUAAUGCCGGCUCAGAAGCGCUCCCACGAUGCCUCCGAGGACGACGAUCCCAUGGAAGACGCCAACCUCGACGAAGCUCAUCACCACCCCGCCGACGACGACCAGGAAUCCGAUCGAAGCCCUUCUCCGUCCGACGAGAACAAAAACGAAUACAUCGUUGUAAAAUUGGCAGAAGUACGCAAGGAAGUUCAAUGCCCUAUCUGCUUAGGCAUUAUUAGGAAGACAAGAACAGUGAUGGAGUGCCUGCAUCGCUUUUGUAGAGAAUGCAUAGACAAAUCUAUGCGCCUGGGGAACAAUGAGUGUCCUGCUUGCCGCACACAUUGUGCUAGUCGACGAUCGCUGAGAGAUGAUCCAAAUUACGAUGCCUUAAUUGCAGCUCUAUAUCCAGAUAUCGACAAGUAUGAAGAAGAGGAAUUAGCUUUUCAAGAAGAUGAGAAAGCUCGCAAUAAGCAGGCCUUAUCUUUAGGUGCAUGCGUACAGAUACAAGCAAACAUUGCCCAGACCUUAAGGCGACAAUCAGAAGCUCUUGGUAGGAAAAGAACACAUGCUAAAUCCACAGCAGCUGCAUUUGUGAGGAGAUCACAAGGUAGCUACCGAAAUUUGAGGGGGAGAAGAAACUUACGAAGUUCUGUGGAGAAUCAAGGAUCUGAUGACAAUGAGGAUGCAAAUGGUAAUGAUGGAAGCAAAGAUUCAUCAUCUGCAGAUGAGCGAACAGAACCGAGACCAAAAAGACCCAAGAGAUGGUCAGGGUCCCGGUACUCCCAGCCUUCUUCGGCAGGAACUGGUGCAGAUGGUGACGACAAUGAUUCUGAAGUGAACAGAGAGACCAUGGGUGCAUCUGUGGGUCUUGUUGGCAGCUCAGAAAGGCUUGCCUGGGGAAAAGGCGGUAUGCGCAGUCACACACGACAUGGAAGUAACAGCAGUAGCAAUGGUAAGCAUGCCAGGAACAGCCGCCUUUCAAAGUUGGGGGAUCAUCUGCGAAACUCCGAAGAUAUUAAUAAUGAGUUAGAUAUACCCCUCAUGCUUGUUCCUAUUGAUGAGGAAAAAGUUCCGAGCUUGCAGCGGCCAUAUCUUUCCUGCAGGCCUACCCUGUCAGUUAGACACUUAUCUGAGUAUGUCGCUCUUCAAACUACAUUGCAAGCUGAUGAAGUUGAGAUAUACUUGGUAAAACAGCUUGACGAAAAGUUUAAUCCGUCAACCGUUGCAAACAUUGCAAUUUUGAAAUCCAGUGUAUCAGACUGCAAAGAGAAGUUGCAAGUUUUGAAAGAGCAAGAAACUUUGGCAGAACUUAAAACUCACAGUUUUACGUGUGGAUAUGUGCUUCUAGCAUAUCAGAAAAAGUGGAGCUCAAAGUGGCAGUGCUAAACAUUAUUCUGCUGCCUUUGUUGUGACAUUAAUAUAUGAAUUAAGUCUUAUCGUUUGUUUUCACUAUGGUACAUAUAUAUUCAUACUUGCUUUGGAGGCUGUCAGGUAGGUUUAGUCUUAUAGUUUAAGCACUCUAAAAUAUAUCAGUGAAUAGAGACGUGAUGGAUUUUUAGGAGCUUUGCAAUGUAAACAGACAGAUUUUAGAACUAGGAAAAAUGGUUUUUGCUGUCCAA